AAAUAACAAUAUUGUCAAUUUACUUUUUACAUUAUAGUGAAAAUUUGAAAAGAUCAGAACCUAGUUGUGACUUUCAACUUUCGAAGAUGUCAAAUAAUUCAAAUAAUUAUAACGAUAGACGGCGAAAAGAACGUGAGAACAUAGGGUUAGUUGGUGUACCAGAAAUUUGGGAAAAAUCACCUCCACAACCUGUUAACAAUUUAGAUACAGAUGACGAAAACACUUUAAAUCAAAAUAAUCUUGCAAUCGCUCCAAUUAAAUCGCACAAGAAGAGAAAGAAACAAAAAGAUAAAUCAAAGAAAUCAAAAAAGUCCAAAAAAGUAAAAAAGCACAAAGAAUCACAUAAGAAAAAAAAGAAGAGAAAAGUAUCAUCAGAUAGUUCAAGUGAUUCCAGUAGUGAAGGUGAAGGUGAUGAAUGGAUUGAGAAAAAAGGUGCCAAAGAAGCUACCAUAGAUGACAUGGUAGGACCAUUACCAAAGCCUAAUGUCACUUUAACGCAAAGAGAGUAUGGUCACGCUCUAUUGCCCGGUGAAGGUGCAGCUAUGGCAGCUUAUGUACAAGAUGGUAAACGUAUUCCUCGGCGUGGUGAAAUUGGUUUGACAUGUGAUGAAAUAUCAUCUUACGAGUCAGUCGGAUAUGUGAUGAGUGGAAGUCGGCAUAGACGCAUGGAAGCUGUGCGUAUUCGUAAAGAAAAUCAAAUUUAUUCUGCUGAUGAAAAACGUGCAUUGGCUAUGUUCAGUAAAGAAGAACGACAAAAGAGAGAAAAUAAAAUUCUUACUCAGUUUAGGGAUAUGGUGAAAAGCAAAACCUCGAAUAAAUAAUUAUAAACUAAAUGUUGCAUUAAAUAUAAAAUAAUAUAAUAUUGACUGAUUACAAUAUAAUAUUAUAAUUUAUUGGUAUUUGUAUAAAAAAAUACAUUAUAUUAUUUCUGUAAUGAAAUUGUAUGCAAUUCAAAGGUAAACUCACGGGGAAUGAGACAAAUUUGAAAUUAGAAUUUUAUAAAGUACCUAUUUGUCAUAACUUGUAAAUGGUAUGUUUUUGUUCUAUGUUGUUUAAUCUAUAUUCAAAUACAAAAUUGUUUUAUAAUCAUAAUUUUAUAUUAUAUUAACACUUUAUUAUGGAA